AUGAAACUCUCCCCGUGGCCAGCACUCGCCCUCCUCCCCCUCACUAGAGGGAUAGUCCUCCCCCAACAGUUCCCCCUCUUCCCCCCAACCCAGGAACCAACCCCAAACCACAACCAAAACCCCCUGGACAUCGCCAUCGACGCAGAGCCCUCCAGCGACACCUCCCCCCAGCACAACUGGCUCAGCGCCCUCAUCGACACCGACACCGACACCGACAACAACAACGGCAAUUCCAACCUCCCCACCACCCACCCCCAAUCCCUCUCCCAAAUCCCCAGCUUCCGCUCCUCCCCGCCCAAUCGCCCCCAUCAUCCGCACUCCAACAAAACCCUCUACCAGCUCAUCACGGAAUGCAAACACACUACCAUUCUAGCGCGCAUCGUCUCCAAAGACGACGAGCUAACCCGUCUGCUGAACGCAUCGGACGCCAACAUUACGUUCUUCGCGCCGCCUGACUCGGCAUUCAAAUCCGGCGGAGAUCGCGAGGAAGAUGAAGAAGAGGACUUCGUCGCAAAGUACCACAUGCUCGACGGGCUCUACCCCGCUGUGCGCAUCUUCCACGCGCAGACACUUCCUACCUUGCUUGUCGGCGACGAGCUCGGCGAUGACCUCCCCCAGCGUGUAGCCGUCCGUGUCGGAUGGCGUGGGAUCGUCAUUAAUCAGUAUAGUCGGAUUGUAGUGUCUGAUAUAAAAGCAACAAACGGCCUCCUCCACAUCCCAACCCACAUCCUCAAACCCCCCAAAUCCACAAAGAACCUCAUCGACGAAAACCCCUCCCACUUCAGCACUCUCGCCCUCGCCCUCCACAAAACCAACCUCUCCCUCUCUUCCCACCCCCAAAGUCUCAAACCCAAAAGAAAAACAACCCUAGCCCCAACAAACACCGCCUUCGCCAAACUCGGCUCCAAAACAACCUCCUUCCUCUUCUCCCCAGCCGGCCAGCCCUACCUCCGCCGUCUGCUCCAAUAUCACAUCGUGCCAGACAGAGCUAUCUACACUGAUGUCGUGUAUGGUGCGAACGGCUCCGUGACGGAGAUACCGCCUGCGACGUUUACGCAUUUGGAUGUGCCCAGUGAGGAUGUUGACGACGACGAGGAUGAUGAUGGCGGGGCGCACCUUGGGAUCGAUGUUGUGCGGUUUGGGGCGUAUGCUUCUGUUAAGGUUAAUGGGUAUACGCGUGUUGUGGGGAGGGAUGUUGCUGUUCGUGAUGGGGUGGUUCAGGUUUUGGGGCAUGUGCUUGUGCCGCCUUUGAGGGUGGUUGAUGGAGAUGAUGAUGGUGGGUGGGGGAGGGAGGUGGCGCCUGAGUGGACGGGGGAGGAGGAUGAAGUUACUGUGGAGGAUUUGAAGAGGAGAUUGGGUGGGGAGGGUGUGGUGGAGGGGGUGCAUGGGGAGUUGUAA